UGUAACAGGCGGCCCAGUCAGUGUGUGUCUCACACUCAUUCAGCGUGAGAGCCUGUACAGUAAUUCCGUACGGAACCGGCAACGGGGGAAUUGUCCCAGUAUUAGCACGCUCCACCAAUUGCUCGGGUUAACUUUAACCAUCUUCCUUUAGCAGAUAAAAUGAUAGCGUCGCACCUUUUGGCUUAUUACUUUACAGAGCUGAAACAUGAUCAGGUACAGAAGGUGGACAAGUACCUUUAUCACCUGAGGUUGUCAGAUGAAACAUUGCACGAUGUAUCCAAUCGCUUCCUGAUAAAGAUGGAGCAAGGCCUUCGGAGAGAUACCAACCCAACCUCAUCCGUCAAGAUGUUGCCGACGUUCGUCAGGUCAACCCCUGACGGAACAGAGAGCGGGGAUUUUCUGGCCCUUGACUUGGGAGGAACCAACUUCCGUGUUUUGCGAGUCAAAGUUUCAGACAACGGCAAGCAGAAGGUGGAGAUUGAGAAUCGGAUCUGUGCCAUUCCUCAGGAUAUCAUGCUUGGCACUGGCGCUCAGCUGUUUGAUCACAUUGCAGACUGUUUGGGCAACGUCAUGGAGGAAUUGGACAUCAAGGAUAAGAAGCUUCCCCUUGGUUUCACGUUUUCCUUUCCCUGUCAGCAAACGAAGCUUGAUGAGAGUCUAUUAGUUAAUUGGACGAAAGGAUUCAAGGCAAGUGGUGUGGAGGGACGAGACGUGGUUAACCUUCUGCGGCAAGCCAUAAAGAGGAGAGGGGAUUUUGAGAUUGACGUUGUUGCAGUGGUGAACGACACUGUAGGCACCAUGAUGUCUUGUGGAUAUGAUGACCACAACUGCGAGAUAGGGCUGAUUGUUGGUACAGGCACCAAUGCUUGUUAUAUGGAAGAAAUGCAGCACAUUGAUUUGGUGGAAGGUGAUGAAGGGAGAAUGUGUAUCAACAUGGAAUGGGGGGCGUUUGGUGAUCUGGGAGAGCUGGAUGACGUUCGAACUGAAUUUGACCAUGAGAUUGACAGAGGCUCCAUCAACCCAGGGAAACAGCUGUUUGAGAAGAUGAUCAGUGGAAUGUACAUGGGCGAGCUUGUUCGAAUUAUCCUCGUGAAGAUGGCUAAGGAUGGAUUGCUGUUUGGUGGAAAUAUUUCACCAGAACUGCUCAUCAAGGGGCACUUUGAGACAAGAUAUGUCUCAGCAAUAGAGAAAGACAGCGAUGGAUUGCAGAAGGCACAAGAGAUUCUAACCAAACUGGGUCUGCAGCCAACCCCCGAUGACUGUGUAGCGACACAGCGGAUUUGCACUAUCGUAUCGACUCGAUCGGCGAACCUCUGUGCUGCCACACUUGCGGCUGUCCUGAGACGUAUCAAGGAGAACAAAGGCGUCCAAAGACUGCGGACCACCAUUGGUGUGGAUGGAUCUGUCUACAAGAAGCAUCCACAGUUUUCCCGGCGGCUGCACAAGGCUGUGCGACGGCUGGUCCCCACCUGCGAAGUGCGGUUCAUGCCCUCCGAAGAUGGGAGCGGAAAGGGUGCUGCCAUGGUGACAGCAGUGGCCUACAGACUGGCCAAGCAGCAAAAGAUGAGGGAGGAGAUUUUGUCUGCCUUUCUCUUGAGGGAUGAGCAGCUUCUGGAGGUGAAGAAAAGGAUGAGGAUGCAAAUGGAACGGGGGUUGAAGAAGGAAACCCAUUCCACGGCGGCCGUGAAGAUGUUAGCGACUUACGUUCGCUCCACCCCAGACGGAACAGAAAAGGGAGAUUUCCUGGCGCUGGAUCUCGGUGGGACAAAUUUCCGAGUGUUGAUGGUGAAGAUUCGGAGUGGGAAGCGUCGAGCUGUUGAGAUGCACAAUAAGAUCUAUGCUAUCCCCAUGGACGCCAUGGAGGGAACAGGAGAGGAGCUAUUUGACCACAUUGUCCACUGCAUCUCCGAUUUUCUGGAAUAUAUGGGGAUGAAGGAUUGUGUCCUCCCAUUGGGCUUCACUUUCUCCUUCCCCUGUGAGCAGAGGAAGCUCGAUCAGGGUAUUCUUUUAAAGUGGACCAAAGGGUUCAAAGCGACAGGCUGUGAGGGUGAGGAUGUUGUCGACCUUCUCCGAGAAGCCAUCAGGAGGAGAGAGGAGUUUGAAUUGGAUGUUGUGGCAAUCGUUAAUGACACGGUUGGAACAAUGAUGUCCUGUGGCUAUGACGAUCCUUUUUGUGAAGUUGGCCUCAUAGUCGGAACUGGCUGUAAUGCCUGUUACAUGGAAGAGAUGAAGAAUGUGGAGAUGGUGGAAGGUGAUGAGGGACAGAUGUGCAUUAACAUGGAGUGGGGAGCAUUUGGGGACGAUGGCUGCCUGGACGACGUCAGGACAGAGUUUGACCGCGACGUGGACCAACUUUCAUUGAAUCCUGGCAAGCAGAGAUACGAGAAGAUGAUCAGCGGCAUGUACCUGGGAGAGAUUGUGCGUAACAUUCUUAUCAGCUUCACCAAGCGAGGGCUGCUGUUCCGAGGACAAAUCUCAGAAAGACUUAAGACACGGGGGAUUUUUGAAACCAAAUUCCUGUCUCACAUUGAGAGUGAUCGAUUGGCAUUGCUUCAGGUUCGUGCCAUCCUCCAGCAGCUGGGGUUGCAAAGCACCUGUGACGACAGCAUCAUUGUCAAGGAGGUGUGUGGAGUGGUCUCCCGGCGAGCGGCCCAGCUCUGUGGCGCAGGAAUGGCGGCUGUUGUCGACAAGAUCAGGGAGAACCGCAACCUGGAGCAGCUCAAGGUCACUGUUGGGAUGGACGGAACGCUGUACAAACUACACCCACACUUCUCUACAGUCAUGCAUCAGACAGUCGAGCGCCUGGCACCCAAAUGCCUGGUGUCCUUCGUUCAGUCGGAAGACGGGAGCGGCAAGGGAGCAGCCCUGAUUACUGCAGUCGCCUGUCGCAUCCGAGAGGCUGGGCAGCACUAGGGGGCACACUGGCAGCGAGCUUCCUGUGCCAGCUGCAGCAAACGCUUCCCCCUUUUCCCCCUCCAACCAGCACCCACUCCCACACCAC